CACCCACCGGCCCGUUUUUAUAGCCCGGCCACUGCCUUAGCUUCUGCCAGUCACCCAGCACCCUCCGGAGCCGCCGUGUCUGCCAGAGCCCCCGCUACAUCCACGUUUAGUUGUUCAAGAUGCCUCACGAAUACCCAGCCCUGACCCCUGAGCAGAAGAAGGAGCUGUCAGACAUCGCCCACCGCAUCGUGGCACUUGGCAAAGGCAUCCUUGCUGCUGAUGAAUCCACUGGCAGUAUUGCCAAGCGCCUGAGCUCCAUUGGCACAGAGAACACUGAAGAGAACCGCCGCUACUAUCGGCAGCUGCUCUUCACUGCCGAUGACCGUGUCAAUCCUUGUAUCGGUGGCGUUAUCCUCUUCCAUGAGACCAUGUACCAGAAGGCUGAUGAUGGACGUGUGUUCACCAAGGUCAUUAAGGAUAAGGGUGCUAUUGUUGGCAUCAAGGUUGACAAAGGUGUUGUGCCCCUUGCUGGAACUAAUGGGGAGACCACCACUCAGGGUCUGGAUGGCUUGUCUGAACGCUGUGCCCAGUACAAGAAGGAUGGAGCUGACUUUGCCAAGUGGCGUUGCGUCUUAAAGAUCACCCCAACCACCCCUUCCCGUCUGGCCAUCAUGGAGAAUGCCAAUGUGCUCGCUCGCUAUGCCAGCAUCUGCCAGCAGAAUGGGAUUGUUCCUAUUGUGGAACCCGAAAUCCUCCCUGAUGGUGACCACGAUCUCAAACGCUGCCAGUAUGUGACAGAGAAGGUUCUGGCGGCUGUGUACAAGGCUCUGAGUGACCACCACGUCUACCUGGAGGGGACUCUGCUCAAGCCAAACAUGGUGACACCUGGUCAUGCCUGCACCAAGAAAUACUCCGCAGAGGAGAUUGCCAUGGCAACGGUUACUGCUCUGCGCCGUACUGUGCCACCAGCUGUCACUGGCAUCACUUUCCUGUCUGGUGGCCAGAGUGAAGAGGAGGCUUCCAUCAAUCUUAAUGCCAUCAACAAGUGCCCCCUGCACAAGCCAUGGGCCUUGACCUUCUCCUAUGGCCGUGCCCUGCAAGCUUCCGCCCUCAAGACCUGGAGUGGAAAGAAGGAGAACACCAAAAACGCCCAAGAGGAGUACAUCAAGCGUGCUUUGGCCAACAGUCUUGCUGCCCAGGGCAAAUAUGUUCCAUCUGGUCAAGCUGGAUCUGCUGCCCAAGAGUCCCUCUUUGUUUCCAACCAUGCUUAUUAAAAGUGGGGUCUUGGCUGCAUUGUCUGCUCUCACUUCCGUUUACUGCAUUGUGCCUGAGCUACUGUGUUGUCCCCUGUUUGUUCUUCACCUAUUGUUCCCAUGCUCCUCCCCCCUCCUGCCAGUUUCUCUAGUAGGGAAAGCUGGAAGUCUUCCCAUCCUUGGCCUUGGAAGAACACACAAGUCCUGGCUUGUUCCUUUCUCUAACUCCAUCCUCAUCUUUGUAUGCUUGUUUGUGACUUCCGGCUUUUCCCUCUGGUGACCGACGACACUCCUGGUCCGUGGCCAAAACAUCCAAUUGUCUCCGGAGCUGGGACACCUGACUCCCGGACCGCUAGAAAUAAAGAGAAUCUAUUUAAACAUU